AUGAGGAGCAAAGGAACAUCAAUCCUAGAAAAGUGGCGGGAACCUGCCUAUGGGCUCUACAGAGCACCGAAUAUAUCCGUAUCGGCCGACCCAGGCUAUGGCAAGUCUGUACUUUCCCAAUCGAUAGUCGAAGAUUGCUUAGAAAACUCUUAUCCUAAAGUGACAAUUUAUUACUUCUUCUUCAAAGACAACGAUGAACAGAAUCAUCUUGAUUUAGCACUUUACUCAGUACUCCAUUAA